AUGAAGGAAGGAAAACCCAGUCUCUACCCGAACGACGCGAUCAGUGAGGCUGUGACCAACUACUCUGAAGCACACUCCCUAGACCUACCCAAGCCUCUGCUGGAUUACCAUGAGCACAUCUUCAACAAUGUACCCAACAGCCACCUGACAAUUUCCACGUUCCAGGCUCAGGGACUGAUCUUCCUGGCGCGUCUCAUUGGGGCUAAGCGAGUACUCGAAGUAGGCGUGUUCCUCGGGUUCUCUAGCCUGGCUUGGUCUCAUGCCGUAGGCGACUCGGGCACCGUGACGGGGCUGGAGUUCAGCUCCGACUACGCCUCCCAGGCGGAAGCGGCCUUCGCAGCCCAAGGCAGGCGCAACAUCACACUGCACGUGGGCGACGGCCUAGAGACGCUCCCCGCGUUGAACCCGGACGAGCCGUACGACAUCGUCUUCAUUGACGCGCAGAAGUCGGGGUACCCGGCCUACCUGCGCGCGGUGCUGGACAGCUCGCGUCCCGACAGCCCCCGGAGGCUGCUCCGUAAGGGCGGUCUGAUCAUUGGCGACAAUGCGCUCCGGCGCGGGCUCGUCGCCGACGACAGCGAGGCUAACCCGCACCGUCCAUCUGCGCCGCCGGGGGAGGACUACCCGAACAAGCACAACGACGUGAUGAAGGUGAGGGAGUUCAAUGAUCUGGUGAAGAGCAGCGACAGGCUCGAGGCCUUCUUGAUGCCACUCUGGGAUGGGCUGAACCUGGCGAGGCUGGUAGACUAG